AGCGGUGCCUGCCGCCGCUCUCGGCGCUGCUUUGCCUCUGAGCUCCGUUCGCCCUUUAGCCAUGGCUGGCCCGGGCGCGGCGCUGGAGUCCCCGCGGCAGCUGCUGGGUCGCGUGCGCUUCCUGGCAGAGGCAGCGCGGAACCUCCGCACCGGGAGCCCGCUGCCGGCGGCGCUGGCUUUCGUGCCGCGCGAGGUGCUCUACAAGCUUUACAAAGACCCGGCGGGACCGUCACGCGUGCUGCUGCCGGUGUGGGAGGCGGAGGGCCUGGGGCUGCGCGUGGGCUCCGCAGGUCCAGCGCCGGGUACCGGAUCCGGGCCUCUCCGCGCCGCCUGCGACAGCAUCGAACUCCGUCGCGGUGCCUGUGUGCGCACCACGGGCGAGGAACUGUGCAACGGCCACGGGCUCUGGGUGAAGCUGACCAAGGUGCGGCCUGCCUUGCUUGGGGCCCCGCAAAAGAUUCCCAGGCCAGCGAAGCCCCCGAUUGUUCCCUCCCAUACUGAGCUGGCACUGCGUUCAGUGCCCUUUGCCCUGGGCUGGGCAGGGCGGGCCGCUGGGCAGCUCCCUGAUGGCUGUCCCCAAUCUGGUGCGUCCCGGCAGGAACAGUUGGCCGAGCACCUAGGCGACUGCGGGUUGGACGAAGGCUGGCUGCUGGUGUGCCGCCCGGCCGAGGGCGGGGCCCGCCUGGUGCCCAUCGACACCCCCGACCACCUCCAGCGGCAGCAGCAGCUCUUCGGCGUGGACUAUCGGCCAGUGCUCAGAUGGGAGCAGGUGGUGGACCUGACGUACUCGCAUCGCCUUGGCUCUAGGCCUCAGCCGGCAGAAGCGUACACGGAAGCUGUUCAAAGGCUGCUCUAUGUGCCCCCGACAUGGACCUACGAGUGCGACGAAGACCUGAUCCACUUCUUGUACGACCACUUGGGCAAAGAGGAUGAGAACCUGGGUAGCGUCAAGCAGUACGUGGAGAGCAUAGACGUUUCCUCCUACACGGAGGAAUUCAAUGUGUCCUGCCUGACGGACGGCAAUGCAGACACUUACUGGGAGAGUGAUGGGUCCCAGUGCCAGCACUGGGUACGGCUUACCAUGAAGAAAGGGACCAUUGUCAAGAAGCUGCUACUCACAGUCGAUACCACGGAUGACAACUUUAUGCCUAAGCGGGUGGUGGUCUAUGGAGGCGAAGGGGACAACCUGAAGAAGCUGAGUGACGUGAGCAUUGACGAGACCCUGAUUGGAGAUGUUUGUGUCCUGGAGGACAUGACCGUUCACCUCCCAAUCAUCGAAAUCCGCAUCGUUGAGUGCCGAGAUGAUGGAAUUGACGUGCGUCUUCGAGGGGUCAAGAUCAAGUCUUCUAGGCAGCGGGAUCUAGGGCUGAACGCAGACCUGUUCCAGCCAGCCAAUCUGGUGCGAUAUCCACGCCUGGAAGGCACGGACCCAGAAGUACUGUACCGCAGAGCUGUUCUCCUGCAGAGAUUCAUAAAGAUCCUGGACAGUGUCCUGCACCACCUGGUACCUGCCUGGGACCACACACUGGGCACCUUCAGUGAGAUUAAGCAAGUGAAGCAGUUCCUGCUGCUGUCACGCCAGCGGCCCGGCUUGGUGGCCCAGUGCCUGCGAGACUCGGAGAGCAGCAAGCCCAGCUUCAUGCCACGCCUGUACAUCAACCGGCGCCUUGCCAUGGAGCACCGGGCCUGCCCCUCACGGGACCCUGCCUGCAAGAACGCAGUCUUCACCCAGGUUUAUGAAGGCCUCAAGCCCUCUGACAAGUACGAGAAGCCCCUGGACUACAGGUGGCCCAUGCGCUAUGACCAGUGGUGGGAAUGUAAAUUCAUCGCAGAAGGCAUCAUUGACCAAGGGGGUGGUUUCCGGGACAGCCUAGCAGACAUGUCAGAAGAGCUGUGCCCUAGCUCGGCGGAUACCCCUGUGCCUCUGCCCUUCUUUGUGCGCACAGCCAACCAGGGCAACGGUACUGGUGAGGCCCGCGACAUGUACGUGCCCAACCCCUCCUGCCGAGACUUUGCCAAGUAUGAGUGGAUCGGACAGCUGAUGGGGGCUGCCCUUCGGGGUAAGGAGUUCCUGGUCCUGGCUCUGCCUGGCUUUGUGUGGAAGCAGCUCUCUGGUGAGGAGGUGAGCUGGAGCAAGGACUUCCUUGCUGUGGACUCGGUCCUGGUGAAGCUCCUGGAAGUGAUGGAAGGAAUGGACAAGGAGACAUUUGAGUUCAAGUUUGGGAAGGAGCUAACAUUCACCACGGUACUGAGUGACCAGCAAGUGGUAGAGCUGAUCCCUGGGGGCUCAGGCAUCGUGGUGGGAUAUAAGGACCGUUCCCGUUUCAUCCAACUGGUGCAGAAGGCACGGCUGGAGGAGAGCAAGGAGCAGGUGGCAGCCAUGCAGGCAGGUCUGCUGAAGGUGGUGCCACAAGCUGUGCUGGACUUGCUGACCUGGCAGGAGUUGGAAAAGAAGGUCUGUGGGGACCCUGAGGUCACUGUGGAUGCUCUGCGCAAGCUCACCCGGUUUGAGGACUUCGAGCCAUCAGACACACGGGUGCAGUAUUUCUGGGAGGCACUGAACAACUUCACCAACGAGGACCGGAGCCGCUUCCUGCGCUUUGUCACGGGCCGCAGCCGCCUGCCGGCACGGAUCUACAUCUACCCAGACAAGCUGGGAUACGAGACCACAGACGCAUUGCCUGAGUCUUCCACCUGCUCCAGCACCCUCUUCCUACCACACUACGUCAGUGCCAAGAUCUGUGAGGAGAAGCUCCGCUACGCUGCCUACAACUGUGUGGCCAUUGACACAGACAUGAGCCCUUGGGAGGAGUGAGGCAGCGUCGGGGGGCAGCUGCGAGUCCGGCAAGAUUGCUCCUGCGUGGGUCCCGCUUGGCCCUGCCCAGGACAAACACAGCUUCCCCCAACCAGUUCAGAUCUGCGCUCCUGGAGCUGAGGUGCUUGGAAAAAGACAUGCACACCUGUCCUGCGUGCAGUUGGGGUGGGGGCAGUAGGUUCAGAUUGGUGGCCCAGCCCCCCGGAUCCACAAGCCCUAUUCGUGCUGGAGUGUGCCUCUGAGGUAUUAGCCUCUGUGAGAAGGAAUCUUCCACAAGCCCAGCACAAGCUGCCCCGGCCUGAGCUACUUGAAGGGGGCCUUUCAGCCCCCCACCCCGUGGACUUUGCUUCCAUUUUUUCGCUUCUUUUUCUUCUUGUUUCUCUCUGGCUUCAGCCUGGACGCUAAACUAAACACAUUGGAGGGUGAUAGAGGUCACUGCCAAGCAUGGAGCCAGGCGUGGGUAAGGAGUGAUGUUCCAUCCUCCUUGGGUCCAUUCUCCAAGAACGACUCACCCUCUCCCUCACACACUGGUCUUUUCCUCCUCUCCUUCCGUACCCGAGGUAUGAGCUCUGCCCUUCUUCCUCCACCCCAGUCUCAGCCGACAAAGAGCCACCACCUUCCCUGGCUCGGAAACCACAUCCACUCAAAUUCAGAUCUACCACCACAUCGUAAUAUUUGUAUCGCCUGCAGCCUGACUCCCUGACUGCAGUCUCACUCUCAAGAUUUUGCACAGGUUAAGGCCAGUUAUGUCCAGCUCUGAAGCCUUCAAUAGCUCCCCCUUACCCAACUCGAAAAUAAAACCUAGACUUUAAAUCUGCUCCUCUGGCUAUGCACAUGCCUGCCCCAGCCCUCCCUCCUUUCAGGGCCUCCAUGACACUUCAUCAAAAGAAAGCCUUGCACAUAGGGAAACUGAAUAAAUGGAUGAAUUCACGCCU